GGAUGGAGAUGCUCAGUCUGCUCCUGCUGGGAUCCCCACCUGCCCUCACGCGCCGCGUUCGUUUGUCACAGCGCCAGCUUGCGUUUUCCUGAGCUCCGCACACCCCGGCAGACUUUUUCAUUAGUUUUUUUUUUCUUUUCUAAUAAUUGAUCACGGGAGAUAUUGGUUUAUUUUUCCGUCCUGGGUGUUGUGUAAUUGCAGUUCUGCGCGGGGACGCGUUGACACGAAGCGGAGCGAGGCGCGCAACCCUCGGCGGAGAUCCACCGGAGCGGACUGCGCGUCGCUCGGCCUCCUGGCGGCAGAGGAGCGGAGCCACAGCGGAGGACCCUGGUUCAUGUGUACGGCUGUUAGACGCGCAGCAGUUUGCAGGGAUGAGAAAUACAUGCAGAACAGCCCAAAGGUCGCUCGGGCUCGGCUUCCUCCUGGUGGCGUCUGUUCUACUUUUAGUGGACAGCAAGAGAGCCAGGCAGCCGCGCUGUCCCCUUUCUUGUACAUGUACCAAAGACAACGCGCUGUGCGAAAGUGCAGGCUCGAUCCCUCGCAGCUUCCCUCCCGAUGUCACCUCUCUAUCAUUCGUCAAGUCGGAAUUCACCGAAAUCGCUAAAGAGAGCUUCAUCCACACGCCUGCCCUGCAUCUCCUCCUUUUCACAGCCAAUGACCUGGAAUCCAUAAACGAGGAUGCAUUUCUUGGUCUUCCACACCUUGAAUAUCUAUUUAUAGAACACAACCAAAUCCGAUCCAUAUCGCCACACGCGUUCCGUGGACUGAAAACCUUGGUGCACCUGAGUCUGGCUUACAACAACCUGGAAACUCUCCCCAGAGAUUUGUUCAAAGGUCUCGAGGCCUUGACUAAAGUAGACUUGCGUGGGAAUCACUUCACAUGUGACUGCAAGCUGAAAUGGUUGGUGGAGUGGAUUUACAGCACCAACGCCACCGUGGAUCAGAUUUACUGCAAAGGCCCGGCCUCGCAGCUGGACAAGGACAUCAACGAUCUGGCUCCUCAGUCUUUCGACUGCAUCACUACAGGUGGAGUUGCAGAGUUUGCCUUGUACCAAUUCCUGAAGUUUGAGUCCAUUUCCGUGGAAGCGUUUUCCUUUGGGAACGAUCAGUUUGUUGUGUUUGCCCAGCCUUUCAUUGGGAAGUGCAGCUUUCUAGAAUGGGAUCAUGUUGAGAUGGUCUUCAGGAACUUUGACGAUAUUGACAGCACAUCCACAGUCGCCUGUAAACCCCUGGUCAUCGACAAACAGCUGUUCAUAAUAGUGGCUCAGCUAUUCGGAGGCUCACACAUCUACAAGCGGGAUAUCUCUGCCAACAAGUUCAUUAAGCUUCAGGGCAUCGACGUCCUGAGAAUCCGUAAACCAAACGACGUUGAGACCUUCCGCAUCGAAGGAGAAACCUUCUUUGUCAUAGCAGACAGCUCCAAGGCCGGUUCCACAACUAUCUACAAGUGGAACGGCAAUGGCUUCUACUCCCAUCAGUCCCUCCACCCGUGGUACCGUGACACCGACGUGGAGUACCUGGAGAUUUCCUCCAAACCUCAUCUGAUCCUGUCCAGCAGCACCCAGAGGCCCGUCAUUUACCAGUGGAACAAAUCCACAAAGCAGUUCGACAGACGCACUGACAUCCCAGAGAUGGAGGACGUUUAUGCAGUGAAGCAUUUUUAUGUCAAAUCCGACCUUUACAUUUGUCUGACGCUCUUUAUCGGGGACUCCAAGGUGAUGCACUGGGACGGGGCCCUCUUUAGAGAGUUACAGACCAUGCCCUCUCGAGGCUCCAUGGUGUUCCAGCCCUUCAACGUGGGCAGCUGGCAGUAUGCCAUUCUGGGCAGCGAUUACUCUUUCACCCAGGUCUACCGCUGGGACGCCAAGAAGGGCGAGUUCGUCCGCUUCCAGGAGCUCAACAUCCAAGCGCCAAGGGCCUUUUUUCCUGUUUCCAUAGACAACCGUCAGUUCCUGCUGGCCUCCAGCUUCAAAGGGAAGACUCAGAUCUAUGAGCACUUGGUCAUUGAUCUCAGCAACUGAAGGGAUUCUUUUGUUUUUUCUUGAAUGUUUAGUUAUUUUUGUGAUCUUUUUUUUUUUUGUUCUUUUUGUGUGCGUGUGAAGAAAUCUAUUACAGCGGAGCCGAACAACUCAGACACGAACGGAGCAAACUCCCGAAGUCCAUGCAUGCAUCAGUUUGAAGACAAAAGCACGCGUCUCAGUCGAAUAUUUCAUCCGAGAGGCAUGAAUCUCAAAUUAGAAUUAGAAGCCAAUUUUUCGUGAAACUUAAAGCAUGAAGGACCUCGUGUGGGUCAUGCGGCGAAGUUUUCUUUUUGAGAUCAGACUUUUAGAUCAUUUAGAAAUAUUUAUACAUUUAUCUCAUGUCUUUAUCUACAAGAAGGUAAUAAAAAUGUACUUUUUAAGCUAACAUAGAGCAAAUCUGCCAGGCCAAAUGUUUACAUUUUUCUGUCUUUCCAAGAUUUGUAAAUGACGCUUUUUGUAAGUUUAAGAGGGACCACGGCCGUCAGAUUCGUAAAUGUUCGAGGGUGAUUUAAACUUAUGCAGACAAAAGAAUUCUACAGAUAUAUCGUGAGCCUAACUGUAUAUCCUUACAACUUACAUUUUUAUUGUUAAUGGUUUGUAUAGUGUUUAAAGUAUUGAGCAGUUUUUCAUAACUGUGAAUUUAUCUGAACUGUUUCAACCACUUUCAAGGGACUGAAAUGAAAAACUGAGAAUAUUGUUCAUGAUCUUUAUCUUUGACUAACAUGCAAGCAAAAAUACAUCAGUUGUGUCACGACUUAGACCGACUUCAUGUUAUUUAGAGUCAAUAAAGAUGAAUAUUUCGUC